AUGAAGUGGACUUCCGAAAACAUGAACAUCCUCUGGGAAACCCUCUUCGAAACCCACAACCUAACCAUCGACAUCGACAAGAUGGCCGCCGUCUGGCCCAACGAGGACGAAAAGCCCACCGCCCGCGCCAUUAAGGAGCGUCUCGAGAAGUUCCGUCGCAACCUCAAGAACGGCGGCAGCACCAUCACCUUCAGCAUGGGUGCGAAGCGCGCGAACACUGAGUCGCCCGAGGCGAAUCGGGUGAAGAAGCGGCGGGUUGCUGUGAAGAAGGCGGCGGCAACUGCGGAGGAUGACGGGGUUGUGAAGGGGGGAGAUGAGAAGGGUUUGGGCAUCAAGGAGGCUGAGGGGGGUGGUAUGCAUGGUGGCAAUGUUGUCUAG